AUGAUUUGCUCCGGCUGGGUCAUCGACACGGUCGACGGGCUCGAAUCAUGUCCACGCAACGACGGCUUUCUGUACAAGCGAAACUGGGACUUCCUCCAAGGAAACCGCAACCUCCCCAUCGCCGGCAAGCCGCUCUCGUCCUACUUCACCUUCCAGCCCGUCGAGAGCUAUUUCGACGCAGCCAUCAGCAACCCCGUUGAGCACACGUACCACAAGGUUGCCGAGGCCCAUCGCGCCAUGGAUGCCCGCACCAAGUUCCGACAGCUGAUAACGACGUCUAACCGCACCCUGAUGGGUCUUGUGCCGGCGUCGACGCAGCAGUGGGAUGUGGUGAUUAUUUUGUGGUACCACAGCCGGCCGUUGAUCACGUCAGCCACGAUUCCUGAUAAUGCUCCCGAGGGGAGUAAGGUCUAUGUAUUUAAGCUCAAGGGCGAGGCGUUUAUCCCGGGCGUGAUGAACGGGGAGCUGGCUGAAUCUGGGGAGUUAGACGCGAUGCCGAUGAAUAGGUUUAAAUUUGUCUGAGUGGGGUUGGUCUAGAGGAAGGAGUAGUGAAGGGCAUGGUGCACUAAUUCCAUAGACAUAUAGGCACUGCUUCGUGUGUGUUCGGGUUCUGCUUAAAGGCUUGGGGGAUUGGAC